AUGCCGUACCUCUUCCCUGACCUCGCCGCUUUUCCCACAGUCGCUGACCUCAUUAGGCACCUUCGCACUAGUGACAUUCGCUACCGCGCUGCGCUUCCUGCUGAGUUCUGCGCCAAGAACCCCCCCCCCAUGUACAUCACCCUCUACUACAUAGUCACCCAGCUCCUUGACACCCUUCGCUCGGUCAGGGACCACUUCCUCUCUGUUUUCCCCACAACCCUCACCAUUGACCUCCUCGAGGAGCGCCUCCUAGCAGCAGAAAAGAGUAUAGUCGCUGUAGGAGCCUCUCGUGGUGACCCUCGUACCCCUGUCUUUGAGGGGUGCUCCCCCUCCCCCCUCUUGCCCUCUGUUGCCUCUUCUGCUGCGGGUGACCUCGUUGGUCUUGAGUCGGUCGGCGCGGCGUCUGCCCCUAGCGGGAAACGCCGCUCAAGCAAGGGCAAGGGGGGCAAGGGCGUUGGAGGAGCUGGCGCGGGCGGUGGAGGCGGCAGUGGAGGCGGCAGAGGGGGUGGGGGUGGCGGUGGGAGUGGUGGCGGGAGUGGGGGCACUAGUGGCGGCAGUGGAGGCGGAGGAGGCGGCGGCGGUGGCGUUGCGAGCGGAGGUGGUGGAGGUGGAGGCGGUGGUGGAGGUAGCGGGGGCGUAGGUGGAGCUGGUCGAGGCGGCUCUUCGCAGAGGGUCGGCUCCGGUGGUGGUCAACGCCAGCAGCAGCAGCAGGAGCGCACUCGUAAAACCCUUCCCCCCAGCAGCUUCGUGAGUGGUACACUGCUCGUCAGCGGGGUUGGGGUGCUGGCCCCUGUACUUACUGAUAAGGGUGACUAUUACCGGUGUUUUCCGCCUGACCCGGGCAUUGAGGCUGCUGCUCUAGGUGCUGGUGAGGCUGCUGCUCUAGGUGCUAGUGAGCCUGCUCCCCCAGGUGCUGGUGAGUCUGCGCUCUCAGGUACCGCGUCGGCUCCGGCCACCCACACCUUCACCUUUGACUCGGGUGCUUCCCGCUCCUUCUUUCGAGACCGCACCACACUUACGCCGCUUAGUCGGCCAGUGGCAGUCCCCCUGGCAGACUUCUCUGGGGGUCCUGUCCUUGCCCACUUCUCCACUGUUCUACCGUGUCCGGCGAACCCUUCUGGCACCCUGUCGGGUCUUUACCUCCCCUCGUUCUCUACGAACUUGGUGAGUGGUGCUGACCUCCAGGAUGGAGGGGCUCACCACUUCACUCCUGCGAGUCAGCGAGUGACCCACUGUACCUGUGCUCGGACGGGCCGUCACUUGGCCACGUUUACCCGUCAGCCGGGGUCGAGCCUGUACACACUGACUACUUAG